AUGGCUACCUACUUUGGAUAUUCUUCGUGGUUGGUCGAUGUCUUUUUGAAGAUCUUCAAUGUCUCGGAGACUUUGGAGUUCCUCGAAGCCAACGAAACUCAACGUCCACUCACCAUCCGUACCAACACCCUGAAGACCAAGAGAAAGGAUUUGGCUGACGUUCUCUCUACCAGAGGUGUCCAUCUCGAGCCAAUCAAGUGGUCACAAGUCGGUUUGACAAUCUACGAUUCUCAAGUCGCUAUUGGUGCCACCCCCGAGUACUUGGCCGGUCACUACAUCCAACAGUCGGCAUCUUCAUUCUUGCCAGUGUUGGCUUUGGAGCCACAACCUGGAGAACGUGUUCUCGAUAUGUGCGCAUCUCCCGGUGGUAAAACCACUUAUAUCGCAUCGCUCAUGAAGAACACCGGUGUCUUGGUUGCCAACGAUAUCAACAAAGAGCGUAUGAGAUCACUAGUUGCCAAUAUCCAUCGUUUGGGUGUGCGUAAUACCGUUGUUUCCAAUUUGGACGGUCGUGAAUAUCCUUCGCGUAUGGGUGGAUUCGACCGUGUGUUGGUCGAUGCUCCAUGUGUAGGUCUCGGUGUCAUUGCUAAAGACCAACAGAUCAAGAUGACAAAGAGUGAGCGUGACGUCACCAAGUGUACACAUAUCCAAAAGGAACUGAUCUUGCAUGCCAUCGAUUCCGUCGAUGCCAACUCCAAGACCGGUGGUAUCAUUGUCUAUUCUACUUGUUCGCUCACCGUCGAAGAGAACGAAGCCGUCGUCGACUAUGCUCUCAAGAAGCGUCAUGUCCAACUCGUAGAUACCUCCAUUGAAUUUGGUGUACAAGGUUUCACCAACUACAGAGAACAACGUUUCAAUCCAAAUCUUAUCCUUACCAAGCGUUUCUACCCACAUACACACAACAUGGAUGGUUUCUAUGUUGCCAAAUUCAAGAAACUCUCCAACGAAAUUCCAGGAGAUGAGAAAAAUAAGAGACAAAAAGUUGAAUCCGAUGAUGAAGAAGAAUCAUCUAGUUCAAGUGGAUCAGAAAAUAAAAAGAAUAACAACAGCAACAACAACAACAACAACAACAAUAAGAAUCAACAAAAUUCAAAGAAAAACAAAAACAAUAAUAAUAAUAAGGCAAACGCCAACAACAACAGUAAUAAGAAAUCGAAAGGAAAGAAUAGAUAUGUUAAAUUUGCUGCAAAGAAACCAAAUCCAAAGAAAUAA